AUGUCUUCCGCUCCACUCUCAGGCAAAGUCGCCGUCAUCACCGGUGGCACAAAGGGCAUUGGCGCAAGCACUGCAACGCUCCUAGUCAAACUCGGAGCCAAAGUCGUCGUCAACUAUGGCCGCGACACGGCGGCAGCGGAGAAGAUCGUCUCGCAACUCGGCAGCGACAAUGCUUACGCAGUCCAAGCCGACGCAGGGACGGUCGCCGGCGUCGAACAGUUGGUGAAGGCCACGGUAGAGAAGUUUGGAAAGAUCGACAUCCUGGUCCCUAAUGCGGGGAUCCUGCCCAUGAAGACGGUCGAAUCGUGUACAGAAGAGGACUUUGAUCGGACAUUCAACCUCAACGUCAAGGGACCUUUCUUCCUCGUUCAAAAGGCUCUACCGCACAUGGCGCCGGGAAGCAGCAUCGUGCUGAUCUCCACGACCCUUUGCCACGCCUCGACCGUCAACGGACCUUACACGCUGUACUGCUCAACGAAGGGCGCCAUCGAACAACUGACUCGCCUCCUCUCCAAGGACCUGCUCUCCAGGAAAGGCAUCCGAGUGAACGCCAUUGCCCCGGGCCCGACAGCAACCGAUCUCUUCCUGGAGGGCAAGAGCGAGCAGGUGCUCAAGACUCUGGCGAGCUUCCACCCGGCCAACCGAAUCGGCAAGCCCGAGGAGAUUGCGCAGGCGAUCGCUUUCCUGUGCGGCGAGGGCGCCGAGUGGGUGAGCGGGCAGACGAUCCGGGUGAACGGCGGUAUGGCUUGA